UCAACUCCUCCAGCAGCCUUCCUCAUACCUAUUGAAGUCAACUCUCUAACCCAAACACCAACUGUUGCAUCAGGUCCUACAGUUUCUCCUGAUGCACCAAACAGCAUGCUCCCCAGUGGGAAUGCAGACAGCAAAAACCUGGCGGUGAUGGUGGCUGCGAUUGUGACAGUCAUUCUAUUGCUGGGUCUAGCUACAGUGGUCACUGCUGGACUCAUACUCUGCCUGUGGAGAAAGAGACGUCGCAUCAACCAGAGAUCGAGACCAUCUUCCCUGCCUCGACGCAAAUCAAAGUCGGGUUUCUUUGACAAUCCAGUCUACGACCAUCUCCAGAGGAAGCUAUCUAAGGAUUCUCAAGGGUAUGCCUCAAUCUACGACCACGUCUAUCUGGAGGUCCCAGAGGAAAAAGAUCUGGAGAGGGCACGAUACACAAAGCACGGAGAUGGCGACAGUGGUUAUGCCGAACCAGAAGUGAAAAUCACAGCUCCAUCUCUUAAACCCGGAGAAUACUCCGAACUCACAGCAUCCCCGUCUCCCUGCAGUUCCCCUUACCCCAGACGAUCUCCCUCCCCUUGUCCUUCCCAUGCUUCAGCCACCACGCCCAUCAAGUUCAACAACCACCACACCCUGGAUUCCUGUCCAGUGGCCGAGGAGUAUCUUCAGCCUUGUCCCAACAGCCUAGUCAGUGGUACCAGCGACGAUUUCCUUCGCAAAGCCACCUGCUCGCAAGACGACAAUAAGACAUCCAGUUGCGAAAAGAUUGCCCACGAGUACCAUGAACUGGAGCCUACCACAGGGGGCUACCAUCGACUGGAGCACAACCUUACAGGGAUCUAUGUGCCAACACAGGCACAGAGAAGAGAGUCAGUAGACAAGGAAGACAUUUACACCACAAUUGAAGAGAGAAUGUAUGCAAACGUACCUGAUUCUAGCACACUGGAUUUCUUUGAAGAGAGACCAUCAUAUUGGAGACCAGCAUGUACCUCUGAUGAACUAUACUCUCAGCUAGCCCAGAACAAGUACCGAGAGAUCCUGCAAACCAAUAUAAGGAUGCAACAUGUUCUUGGGUCUGGUAAUUUUGGGAAGGUGAGUAAGGGGGAGUGGGAGUGUGGGGAGGGGCCAGUCGAGGUGGCAGUCAAGACUCUGAAGAGUGGGUCGUCAGAGGAAGAGGCUGUCAGGUUUCUGCAAGAGGCAGCCAUCAUGGGCCAGUUCAGACACCCC